AUGCGCGGAGUGCUCCGCCGCGCCGUCCCCUACGAUGCAUGCGAGCCGCUCACGAACCCCGCGGGGGCGGAGUCCGCGGAGGGGGAAUCCGCGGGGCAAUCCGCGGGGCAAUCGGCGGAGGGAUUCGCGGAGGCGGAGUUUGUGCUUAUAGAGAGGGGCAACUGCCUUUUCGACGUGAAGGCUCUUAACGCGCAGCGCGCGGGGUACGCCGCCGCGGUGGUGUACGAUAACGAGCCCGGGAGGAGGCUUAUAACGAGGCGGCACAUGUGGGGAAUCGCCAUUCCAGCAGUCUUCGUCACUCAUUCCUCCGGCCACGCCCUUAUCAACAUCAUCAACGGGUUUUCCCAAUCGCCCGAUUCCGAUUCCUCCUCCUCCUCCUCCUCCUCCUCCUCCUCCUCCUCCUCCUCCUCCUCCUCCUCCUCCUCCUCCUCCUCCUCCUCCUCCGCCUCCUCCUCCCCCUUCUCCCCCUUCCCCUCCCCCUUCUCCCCCUUCUCUCUCCCCUUCUCCUCCCCCGAAUCUCCCCCUACCAUCUGCGUUCUCCUCCCUACCUUCGACAAUGCGGCCUGGUCUGUAAUUACCGCAUCCCUAGUCUCCCUCCUCUCCCUCUCUUUAGUCCUCGCCUCGUUUCUCUUUAUCAGACGGCACAGGCUGCGGCAGGCUGUAGCAGCCGCCGCCACAGCCAUGGGCGCGGGCGGCGCCAGUCGGCUGCUAGCGGCGCGUCAGGAGCCGCCCGGGCUGUCAGGGGAGGAGGUCAAGGCGCUUCCAGAAUUGGUUUUCCCGCCAAAAGGGAAGGAUUCGGGUAGUGUGUCAGUGUUUGGUGGUGGCUGUAGCAGGGUCGGCUGUAGCAGCUGUGGGGGAAAAGGGUUGAAGGUGACUGAGGUAGUUGCAGAUGGGAGUGAGGAUGGUGAUUGUAGCAUUGGUGUUUGUACCGGCGGUGAUAAUAGCAGUGACAAUGCUGCUGCUGCAAUGGGGGCAGAGGGGGGAGAAGGAAGAAAGGGACGAGAGGGAGGAGAGGGAGGUGAGGGGACAGAGGGGGCAGUGGAAUCAGGGGGGGGAGGAGGAGGGGAGGAGGGAGGAGAGGGGGGAGAGGGAGGGGGCAGAGAGAUGGAGACGUGUGCGAUCUGCCUGGAGGAUUAUGAGUGGGGGGAUAGGCUGCGCCUUCUGCCCUGCUCGCAUGAGUUCCACGUUGACUGCGUUGACCAGUGGUUGACCACCCGCCGCCCCUUCUGCCCCGUCUGCAAGCGAGACGCACACCCCCGCACCCACCCCUCCCUUUCCUCCCCUCCUCCUCUCAAUUCCACCCCCACCGCUACCAACACCACCACCACUACCGCCGCUCUCGCCGCGUCUUCCUCUGUCGCUGCUUCAACUGCUCUCUUCGUCUCCUCCCUGCUCUACCCCCUCAUCCGCUCCUUCUCACCCCUCCCAUCCCUGCCCACCGCAUCCAACUCCUCUAAUACCGCACCCAACCCCUCACAUUCCGCGCCUGGAAGCAGCAGGAGAGCCAGACCUUCCCGUUCCUCCUCCUCUUCUUCCACCUCUUCAUCCUCCUCCUCCCACUCCUCCCCAUCUCCCCACUCCCCCACAAACCCCAUCACCGCACUGCACCCUCCCGGACUCUCCCUCUCCUCCUUCCCUCCCUCUGCCACCCCACCCACCUCCAUCCCCACUCUCCCCUCCUCUCACUUCCCCACUCCCCGGUUCAUCGCAGCUUCAACCGCCUCCUCCUCCUCCCUCUCUCCCCCUGACCCUUCCCGGGAACCCUUUUUGCUGCAUCACCCUUCGAGGGAUUCAGAUGAUGAAGAGACGGGGGAGAUUAGACCUGUACCCAUACCAGGGUUUACCCCGCCGUCACCUGUGCCCACUCAUUUGGAGGUCUCAAAUUGA